AUGAGUAAUUACGAUGACGAUCAAAGUGAAGACGGAGAAUUAGCACGCAGUCCCUUAAAUGAUGAAAUGGAUUUUAGCUUAUCCGAUGAAGACAGGGACAACGCUGACUCAUUAGUAAUCAAGCCACCUCAAGCCGUGAUCCGAUCGACACAUAGGGAGAAAAGAAGUCACAAACGGUCCGGAAAAGAAAGAUACAAAGACGCUUCUAGAAAAGAAAAAAAACAUUUUUACAGGGAUCGAGAUAAAUCUGAAAAAUCAAAACGUGGUGAGGCAGCAAAGAAUCUGGAACGUGAAGAGAUGACGAAAGAAUAUUAUAGAGAAAAACAAUAUUAUAGAGAGAAGGACCCAUAUCGUGAAAAAGAAAUGAGGGAAAAAGAGAUAUAUCGUGAUAGAGAAAUGUACAGAGAAAAGGAAGUUUACAGGGAAAAAGAUGCAUACAGGGAAAGGGACCAUUACAGAGAACGGGAAAUGUAUAGAGAUAACAUUUCAUUCCGAGAAGCACCACGUUCAAGAGACAUGUAUAGAGAAAAAGAAAUGUAUAAAGAAAAAGAUGUUCAUAGAGAGCGCGAAAUGUAUUUAAACCGUGAUCGGCAGAAUAAAUAUUCAGACAAUGAGAGGAAGAGAUUAGAAUCUGAUAGAAUAGAAUCAAGAUUAAGGUUGCUAGCUGAGGAGAGUAGACCUAACCAUGAAAAAGAAAAUAGAGAUAGAACUUCAGGGGAUAAGGAGCUGGAAGACUUACGGACUAGGUUACUUAGUAAAAGAAUAUCAAAAGAAUUACAGAGUCAAGAGACAAAGAAACUGUCAGAUUAUACUGAAAAGGAAUCAAAGUCUGAAGAUAGGCAUAGACAUUCAUCAUCCUUAGAUAGGCACCAACAAGAAAGAAGAAAAAGGUUAUUAGAGGCUGAAAGAGAAAUGGAAAAACGAAAACAUGAGUCCAGGAAUGAAUUAGAAGCUCGUCGUGAGGAACGUCGUCGUCGUGGCAAAAAAAGAUCAGUAUCUCCAGAUGAUGGCAGUAAUAAGAAGAAGAGAAAUCAAUCUCCUAAUUACGAUUCAGUAGUUACUGUGUCAGAUGCUAGUGAUGUAGAAAUGAAGAGUGAUUCUGUUCAUUCUGAACCUGAAGAAGGUGAACGUUCCAAUACUGAAACUGAUGAAGGGAGCUCUACAGAUUCUGACUCAGAAGCAGCCUCUAAAUCUGGAGAUGACAAUGAAAAUCCAGAAAAAUCCGAUAAAGAGGAACAAGAAGAGAAUGAACAAGAAGAUGAUUCUAAAACUAGGCUACAUUCUAAAUCAAAGUCAAAAUCACCAUCACCUCAGACCAUUCACAGAAGUCCAUCAUCACAUGGAUCUAGAAGGUCACAGUCUAGAUCUAAAAGUAGAAGUAGGUCUCACUCUUUUUCACCACCUCCAUCUGGUGAAAAUGGCAAAGUACCUGCUGAGGAAGAGAAACAGGAAGAAGAUGACGAAAAAUUGAAAUUAAAAGAAGAGGCCAUUAAUUUACUGCCUCCAUAUUUCCCUGCUUUACAGGGAUGUCGAUCAGUUGAGGAGUUUCAAUGUCUGAAUAGAAUAGAGGAAGGCACAUAUGGAGUUGUUUACAGAGCACGUGAUAAAACAACUGAUGAAAUUGUUGCUUUAAAACGUUUAAAAAUGGAAAAGGAGAAGGAGGGCUUCCCAAUCACAUCAUUGCGGGAGAUCAAUACUUUACUUAAGGGCCAGCAUCCGAAUAUCGUGACGGUUAGGGAGAUUGUGGUUGGCUCCAAUAUGGACAAGAUCUUCAUUGUCAUGGAUUAUGUAGAACAUGAUCUUAAGAGUCUCAUGGAGACCAUGAGGGGGAAGAAACAAGUAUUCCUCCCUGGUGAAAUAAAGUGCCUUAUGACGCAAUUGCUAAAAGCUGUUCAUCAUCUUCAUGAUAAUUGGAUAUUGCACAGAGACCUAAAGACAAGCAAUCUUCUACUGUCACAUAAAGGGGUUUUAAAGGUUGGUGACUUUGGUCUGGCUAGAGAAUAUGGCUCUCCUCUACGUCAAUAUACGCCUAUCGUAGUGACCCUCUGGUAUCGAGCACCAGAACUACUGCUAUGCUGCAAGGAAUAUUCUACCCCCAUAGACAUGUGGAGCGUUGGCUGCAUUUUUGCAGAGUUUAUUACUAUGAAUCCAUUAUUCCCUGGGAAGUCGGAGGUGGAUCAAUUAAAUCGAAUAUUUAAGGACCUAGGUACACCUUCAGAAUUGUUAUGGCCGGGAUAUAAUGAGCUACCUGCGGUACAAAAGAUGACCUUUGCUGAACACCCGCCAGGCGGUCUUCGGCAGCGUAUCGGUUCCGACCUGCUUACCGAAACUGGCUUGUCGCUACUACAGGGUUUUCUCACUUACAAUCCAGCUCGGAGACUAACAGCUGAUGCGGCUCUUGAACAUUCUUACUUUAAAGAGCAACCGGUGGCAAUUGAGCCCGCGAUGUUCCCCACGUGGCCGGCCAAGUCGGAGGGCAACCGCCGCACUACGCACAGCCCGCGCCCGCCCGCUGGUGGCGCCGCCUACGCCCAGUUCGCGCGUGCCGAUUCAGACGAGGCGCUCGGUUUUCAGCUGCACACGCGCUCGCUCAACGUCGCUCCCGGAUUUUCGCUUAAGUUC